GAUGGCGGCCGGGCAGGGGGGCGGCGGCGGCGGCAACGGCGGCGGCGGCGGCAGCAGCGGCAGCAGCGGCGGCGGCAAUAACAACGGGACGGGGGGGCUGGGGAUCCCCGCUCAUCUCACUCUCUCCUUCUCGGCCGGACCGCACUGGGGGGCGGCCACCCUUCCGCAGCCUCACACGGUGCGCAGCUUGGACCGGGCCCUGGAGGAGGCGGGCAGCUCGGGCAUCCUCUGCCUCAGCGGCAGGAAGCUGCGCGACUUCCCGGGCAGCGGCUACGACCUGAGCGACACCACGCAAGCAGAUCUUUCCAAGAACAGAUUUACUGAAAUUCCUCCUGAUGUCUGGCUGUUUGCACCACUGGAAACGUUAAACUUGUAUCACAACUGCAUCAAAUCCAUUCCAGAGUCUAUAAAAAACCUGCAGAUGCUCACCUACCUGAACAUUAGUCGAAAUCUUCUAUCAACGUUGCCAAAAUACCUGUUUGAUCUUCCACUUAAAGUUCUGGUUGUCAGUAAUAACAAGCUGGUCUCCAUUCCAGAAGAAAUUGGAAAGCUGAGAGAUCUAAUGGAGUUGGAUAUUAGCUGCAAUGAACUUCAGGUUCUUCCCCAGCAAAUAGGAAAAUUGCAGUCACUUAGAGAAUUAAACAUAAGAAGAAAUAAUCUCCAUAUGUUGCCAGAUGAACUAGGAGACCUUCCUUUGGUAAAGCUGGAUUUUUCUUGUAAUAAAAUUACAGAAAUUCCAAUUUGUUACAGAAAGUUACGUCACUUACAAGUAAUAGUUUUGGAUAACAAUCCAAUGCAGAUACCACCAGCACAGAUAUGCUUAAAGGGUAAAGUACAUAUAUUUAAAUUCCUCAGCAUUCAGGCAUGCCUCAGAAUAGAUAAAAAACCAGAUUCCUUGGAUCUUCCAUCGCUGGGUAAACGAAUCCCCUCCCAGCCACUGACAGACAGUAGCAUAGAGGACUUUUAUCCCAAUAAAAAUCAUGGACCAGACUCUGGCAUUGGAAGCGAUAAUGGAGAUAAAAGAUUGUCCACAACAGAACCAUCUGAUGAUGAUACAAUCAGCCUUCACUCCCAGGUGUCAGAAUCAACAAGGGAACAGACAUUGAGGAACGACAAUCAUGUAAUGGGGAAUAAACUCGAUCCACAGAAAGACCAGGAGGUGUAUGAUUACAUUGAUCCUAAUGCAGAGGAGGGAGCUGUUCCUGAGCAGGGAGAUGUGCAGAUUGGACCACUGCUGUCUUAUAUAAAGGAACGAGGAAAACACCCUGAAAAAUCCCAAAAGAUAGAGCACAAUGAGGACUGGGGAGAUGAAAAAAGACUUCAGAAAGAACAGCUGCUGGCUGAGGAAGAUGAUGAAAUCAAAGAAGUGACAGACUUGAGAAAAAUAGCUGCUCAGUUACUGCAGCAAGAACAAAAACACAGACGGAGGCCAUUAAGCUAUAGAACUUCAUUCAGUGAAAAGCUCUUCCAGAGGACGAGGGCGGCAGGACGUGCAUCCAGGCUUCUUAAUCAUUCAGCCUCAGUAAGCACGAGGAACAGGCCAAAGCAGCCAGUGGAGUCUGAAAAAUGUGUCUCAGCAGAUGAAGUGAACUCUCCAGUGUCUCCAUACAGCUGGCAGCCACUGGAAAACCAGAAGGAUUCAGUGGAUGAUCAGCGCUGGCCAGAAACACAGCCAAUAAUUUGGCAGAAUGAAGAAAGGAGGAGAAGUAAACAAAUUAGAAAAGAGUAUUUCAAGUAUAAAUCUUCCAGAAAGAGUUCAAGUGGAAAUGAAAACGAUGAGCAAGACAGUGAUAAUACUAAUGUGUCCCCACAGUCUCCUGUGUCGUCCGAGGAUUAUGAAAGGACUGAUAGUAACACUCACGGUCCGUUUGGUCUCAAACCAAGGUCAGCUUUCAGCCGUGCAGCUCGCCAGGACUAUGGAGCAAUGGAUCCUGGAUUUACAAUGAGGAGGAAGAUGGAGCAUUUAAGAGAAGAAAGGGAACAAAUAAGACAACUUCGCAAUAAUCUUGAAUCAAGGUUAAAAGUAAUCUUGCCAGAUGACAUUGGGGCAGCACUGAUGGACGGAGUUGUUCUUUGCCAUCUAGCCAACCACAUAAGGCCACGCUCCGUUGCCAGCAUUCACGUACCAUCGCCAGCAGUGCCUAAACUCAGUAUGGCAAAGUGCCGAAGAAAUGUUGAGAACUUUCUGGAUGCUUGUAAAAAAUUGGGCGUUCCACAGGAGAGACUUUGCUUGCCUCAUCACAUACUGGAGGAGAGGGGUCUGGUGAAGGUUGGCCUCACAGUUCAAGCUCUGCUUGAACUGCCCACGUUGAAAGUAUCUCAACUUUCUGCCAUGUAACACGAGUUCUUGGAAGCUCUGGAGCAGUUCAGCUUCCUACAUAGGAUUCCUACAUAGGAACAUCCAAGCCAUCAAAAACUGAUGUCUGUCCAGAUGCUGUAGAGAGCCUUACUUUGGAAUUAUACAUGAAAACCUUGGAGUCAGCUGAUGUUAAAAUACCAUAACGAUUCAUUUCCUUUUGUAGUUGGAUGCACAAAGAUUUUGCAUCAGGUUCUCUUUCCAUUUAAAAGUUAAAACUUUAAGUUCAAAAUGACCAUUUAGCAUCUCACAGUGUUACAGUUAAAUGCUGGAUUUCUUUUUCUACAUUGGAAACGGUUUUUGAAUUAAUUUAGAAGUACAAAACCUGAUCCUCCUUGCUUGAAUUAUUAAGGUCAACUAUCUGAUUUAAAGGCAAAACGAAAACGUGGCGAUGAUUUGAUGGUAAAAACGCAGUGACUGAUAGCUGUAAUCCACUCCCACUCUCUUAGAAACCUUAACUUUAGUGUUCUUUCUUUUUAUUUUUGCACUCCUGAUUGUAACUUACGCACUUCCAACAUUGCCAGUAUUUAGUCUGAGUGUGUGGUGAUGCAAAACAAUGGGAAAAAGGACACUGAGUUUUGUUUUUUCCAGUCUUCUAGGUUGGUGCCAAAUAUUUUUUUCAGUUGUACUGUAGAUUGUUUACAUGUGAAGUGCCUGUGUAAUUGAUAACUCUUACUAGUCUUAAACAUUUUUUGAGAUUUCUUUGUUGAAAAUAGAUAAAAUGGGAAUUUUUAAAUAUUUUAAUAGUUUUUUGUAAAAUCAACACGUGGAGAUUUAACUGAUGCUUCACAUUUUUUUGAUGUUGGGUGUUUUAAGUUUGUUGCACAGUUGAUUAUGUCGUUAUCUAAUAACUAGAAAAGACUGUAAAUACACUUUAUUUAUGAUAUUUAA